CUAAAAGUGCCGACUAAUCAUUUAGCUGGGUUAUCAAUUGCAUUUUAGUCGCAAGUGUAUAUUGAAAUAAUCGAAAAAAGAAGAAAAAAAUGUCGAAAAAAAUCGUAAAGACGCAUAAAAAAGAAUUGAAGCUGAGUAAUUGUGGCUUCGAUCAUGAUCCUGUUGAGUCAAUCGUCCGUUCACAAUGGCAAUCCAGAUCGAAAAACAAUAUUUAUUUAAUUUACCGUUUGCUGGUUGCAAUAUUUGUGAUUGCGGUUGUAAUCGUUUCAAUGUAUUCUCAUAUGCAAAAAUACAGUUUUGGGCUAUUCUUCAUCUACUUGACACAUUGGGGCAUCUUAAUCAACAUGGUUGUUGGAGUUUUUGGUGCCAUAUUAGUCACUACUUGGCAUUUUCACACAGAUUUCCAAGAAAAUAUUCUAAAAAAUAGCGAAAUGCCAACUGCGUUCAAAAUAUAUUGGGCAUUGCACAAUAUUGCGUUAAUCACGUCGUUUGCUGUAACGAUCAUUUACUGGUCAAUAUUGCAUAAUGACAAAAUACCCAUUAAUGCCCCUAAUAUACUUUCACAUGCAAUGAAUUCGGUAAUUAUGUUUUUGGACAUAUUAAUUGUCGCGCAUCCUUUAAGGCUGUUUCAUGUCAUUCAACCGAUUUGCUUUGGAGUGUCCUACGGAAUUUUUUCAUACAUAUAUUAUUUGUGUGGCGGUGUAAACAUGUGAGUGACGUCAAUUUAAUUCAAAACAAUAUUAACCCUCCUAGGUAUAGUUCGAAAUAAAAACAAUAUAGGAUAGUUACGGUCUAUUGGACCGUCCAUACAAAAUAC